AUGGAGAAUGAGAAAGGUGAGAAUUCAAGUACAUUCAAAAUGGGGAAUUCUGCACAAGAGAGGAGUUUACCGUAUGUGCCCGAUUGUUACGUCGUUCCACCUUCCUGCGAACCACGUGAUGCGCUUGAUUCGAACUCCGAAGUUGUACCGACCAUUGACGUUUCUCGUUUAAGAGGCGCCGUUGAUGAACGUCGAGGAGUCAUUCAAGAGCUAAGUUUUGCAUGUCAGCAUUUUGGUUUUUUCCAAAUAGUGAACCAUGGAAUCAAUCAGAACAUACUAGACGACGCAUUGGCGGUUGCAAACAACUUUUUCGAGCUUCCGGCUAAGGAGAAGAAGAAGUUUAUGACGAACGAUGUGUACGCACCGGUUCGGUACAGUACAAGUCUCAAGGACGGUUUGGACAAGAUCCAAUUCUGGAGGAUAUUUCUAAAGCACUAUGCACAUCCUCUUCAUCGUUGGAUUCACCUCUGGCCUGAAAACCCACCCGAAUACAGAGAAAAAAUGGGAAAGUUCUGCGAAGAUGUGAGGAAGCUAUCUCUCGAGAUAUUGGGAGCGAUAACGGAGAGCCUAGGUCUAGGGAGAGACUACCUGUCGUCUCGGAUGAACGAAAACGGUAUGCAAGUCAUGGCCGUUAACUGUUAUCCACCGUGUCCGGAUCCUGAGACGGCGUUAGGUCUGCCGCCGCAUUCAGACUACAGUUGCAUCACCAUCCUUCUACAGAACAUGACCGGUCUCGAGAUCUUAGAUCCGAUGGGUCACGGUGGCUCUGGCCGCUGGGUUCUUGUCCCAGAAGUCAAAGGUGUACUCAAGGUCCAUAUUGGUGACCAUGUGGAGGUGCUAAGCAAUGGAUUAUACAAGAGCGUCAUUCAUAAAGUUACUCUGAAUGAAAAGAAGACGAGAAUCUCCCUCGCGAGCUUGCAUAGCCUGGGUAUGGACGAGAAGAUGAGUGUACCGAACCAAUUGGUUAAUGAUGAAAAUCCGGUUCGGUAUAGAGAGAGCAGCUUUAACGAUUUUCUUGAUUUUCUUGUCAGUAAUGACAUUUCUCAAGGGGAUAGGUUCAUUGACACUUUUAUAAUCAAGGACUGA